UCCAGGCUCCUCCUGCCAGAUGAGGACUCUGGACAGCGGCAUCGGGACCUUCCCCCCCCCCGCGACCCCUGGGCCGCCGCCCCCCUCCCCCAGUCCCAAUCCAGCCCCGGGGGGGGGGGGCGGUGCGGGCAGGAGGCCCCUGCAGCCCCCUGGGACCGCCUCCUCCGCCUCCUCCACCUCCUCCACCUCCUCCACCCCCACGUCAGCUCCCUGGGAGCGCCGCGUCGGUGAGGACCUCGGACAGUGUGGCCCCGCCCCCAACGAGCCUCACAACACAGCGCCUUCCUCAGAUUGCUCCGGAAGACAUCGGUUGAGUUUAAAGGGUUCUCGUGAAGCCAUCUCCACCACCAAACAAGAGGAGGAAGAGGAAGAGGAGGAGGAGGAGUUGGAGGAGGAGCGAGAUGGGGGAAUGAGGAGCCAGCGCCUCCUGUCUCCUGACAGGACCCUGCGAGCGUGCACGUACACGGGCACCAGCACUGAGACGCAAGCUGAGGACCACAGUCCAGGGUUGAAAGCGCUGAGUUUGGAGCCGCCGCUGUCCAUCAUGGACUGUUACCGUGACGACGCCUUCCGUCGCCUGGAGACAGGGGGCGGGGGUUCUCCCACUACGACCAAUCAGGGGACAGCCUCGACGUAGAGCCGUCUCCUCCUCCACUCUGAACCAGCUGAUCCGCUCCGCAGCAGAGCCAAGGGCCCUGACCCCCCCCCCCCCCCCCCCCACCACGCCGGAGGGCUGCGUACAGCGCCCACCCUCCCCCUCCUCCUCCCCCCCCCCUCCUCCUCCCUGGACGUCCCGU